AUGAUUCCAUCUGCAGACGCAGAAUUUUACCCACCACUCGUCGGACAUAUCCAAGCACGGUCGGCAGCAUCGUUCCCAUUACGAAUGGCACAUGCGGAACGUUAUCUCGGACAAGGAGUACGGACGGCUCUCAUAGGCGACGCAGCCCAUACGACACACCCGCUCGCUGGUCAAGGUCUGAAUCUGGGGUUAGGCGACUGCCAAUCGCUCGCCAAUGCAAUUCACACUGCACAUUCACUCGGACAAGAUGUCGGGUCAUUUACCGCAUUGGAAUCGUACCCACGCCAACGGUACUUGGUCAAUCACGGAAUGUUGAGCGCGGUCGACAAGUUGAAAAAGCUCUACGGGACGCGUAAUGGACCCAUCGUGUGGGCGAGGAGCGUUGGAUUGGAAACGAUCAACGAGCUCGAUGGGCUGAAGCGGAUGUUUAUGGGCGUGGCGGGUGCAGAUGGAGAUGCAGAUCGGGUCGUAAGACGCCGUACACCGGACCGGGAUAUCGGGCGUAGUGAGAACCGAGAGGGGAUAUCAACUGCUAGCGCAGAGGCUGCAAGUGGACAUUCUUCUCUUGGGAAUAGGGAAGAGGUGGUGUCCCGGUUAGAGUCGACGUCGCACGGUGUCCCUACGUGGGCCGGGAUGCUUGCCUCGGCGGUUGAGGGAGUGGCAGGAAUGGUCGAUGUAGGGACGCGAAUACUCCGCCAACGAUUCUAA